AUGCUGGCCUCUAAACACUUACAAGCUGCUGACAAUGCUACCUCAAGGCAGGGCACCGUUCUCCUAGAUCUAAGGAGACAGGUCGAAGACCUGGACAACCGCGGCCGCCGUAAUAAUAUCCGCAAGCGAGGCCUGCCGGAACAAGCAGGGGAAGACCUCAGCGCCAUCUUGCCGCAACUCUUCACACAAGUACUGGGAGAGGGAGCCCCAGACACCUACAAUAUUGAGAGAGCCCACAGAGCACUCCGACCCCCUAGGAACGACGGACUCCCCAGAGACACUAUAUGCUGCCUAUUAUCCUUUCAACUGAAAGAGGCCAUUAUGAAGGCGGCCAGACCACAAACCAUCACCUAUAUGGACGCCCAGGUGUCCCUGUUUCAAGACCUCUCGCCCCUGACGCUGGAAGCACGCCGAGCUCUACGACCACUUACCCGAAUGCUGCAAGACGGGAGGAUCCCGUACAGAUGGGGACACCCAUUUAGCCUGCAAGCUCGGAAGGACAACACAUGGCGCACACUGAGAUGGCCGAACGAAGUCCCCGGGUACCUGAGAGCCUUGGACCUGCCAGCGGUGGCUAUACCAAACUGGAUUUUGAUGGGCCCACCACAGCAUCCUGCAGGCCCCGCUGGGCCGACCCCGCCUGACAACCGGAGGGAAAGGCCCCUACGGAGAGGGGGACCAGAUGGUCCCAAAGAAUAA